CUGUGCUUCUUAAGAACUCCCUUACUCCCAUCAAUUGCAAAUUACCAAUAAAAGUUGGAUAGAUACAAUAGACUUGUAUUAGUAUUGUUGGUGGGGAGAUUUCAAGGAUAAAGACCUAUAAGUUCUAUGUUUGAUCUUCUUGGGGCAGAAAGAGGAUUGCACCUGUGGAAAGUAAUAAUGUGAGUGAGAUCAAGAGUCCAUGGGAAUAGAGAAACGAAGCAAAAAUAAACAAAAAGAGCACAAGUGACCCAGGAAUCCUCAAAUUUUGGUCAAGGUAUUGAUUUAUGUUAGUAUAUGCUCUGGGGUCUGAGCUAUUUUAAUAUUAAAGGAAACGUUAACCCCAGGAUGCCAAAAAUUUUGGGUCGCCCAGGUAGGAGAUGUUAAUUUUUCUGUGGCAGAAUUUUGCAGUAAGGAAUAAUAUAACACAGUCCUGCUGAAAGAAGACAUAGCACUGCAGGUACUGUUCCAGCAUCUUAUUUUUGCAUUUGGUAUAUUGUUGGAGAUGAUAGGUAGAUAAUAUGUUCAUCUUUAUAGAUGUUUGCAAUGAGGGAGAAGGAAUUAGCCCCCUGAAAUUUUCAGGAAAGUCCAAGGAGGAUUUGCUUUAUUAAGAUACGGCAAAAAGUGCCAUAUGGAAAAUCAGCUGAUGGCAGUUCUUAGAGGGCCAGGUAUUUUGGUUUCUGAAAUAGUGUAUUGGUAUAGUAGUUUUUUUUUUUUUUUCUCUCAUGGAGGUUAGAGAUCUGGAAAUUGAACUGGGUGGGAAGUUGUGACUAGUGCAGUUUUUGCUAGACGAGGCUUUCGAUAUUGUGGAGCUACCUGAAGAUUACAGAAAUGUAGUGUUAAUGGUCACUUAGCACCUUCAGAGUAAUGUUGCCUUGCAUAUAUGACCUUAAUAAUUAGGAUCAUUUUUUCCUCUCACAGUAAGUAGUUGCGUUUUCCAGGAUGAAUUUCCUCCAGAAUUAUAUACCUUAGGAAUAAAUGAUACCUAUGACCAUAUUGAUUGCCUUGGUUUCAACCAGGAAUCAUUCUUUAAGGUUUUGCUAAGUUAGAUAGGGACCAAGAUAGUCAUUUCAGAUUCUGGAAUGCAUCUUCGGCCACUAGGGACUAUUUAAGUAGGUAAUAUUUGUUUGGGAGUUUCAUAAUAGGUGUUUAUUAUUGCAUAGAUGCAAGGAAUAAAUUUGAGCAAGAGCUAAUGAAUCUGUGAACAUGGUUGACUACCAUACUCUUAUUAGUUGACGUUGGACUUCUGUUCAGAGAAAGGAGUUUUCUAAAUGAAGAGCAGGUAAAAGCAAGAUGGCCUUUUCCACUGGAUUAAUACAUGUAUGGUCUAACAGAAUACUUUUCAGUGAUCAGAUUCAAGAGCUUGAGGGUUGAAGCUUUGAGUUUAUUAGGACUUAAGCCAUGAUCUAAGAACAUGGGACAUGGAAUCAAUCUACCAUAAGUGCCAGUUACUGGGGAGGUUAUGGGAAGUGUUAGAACUAUAAUCAAAACCAGAAUGAGGAUAAAUACCAAGGAAAUAAGAAACCAGAAUGUAGAAUGCAAUCUCUAAUCAGAAGGCAGUUUAGCACCAAUUUUGUCUAGCAUUUCUUUGAUUGGUUCAAACACAUAGUACUUGCUUUGCAGUGAUUUAAAGGCCUGCACCUGAAAUACAUAGUUUACCAAUUUUCAGAGAAUCAGAGUGAAUCAGGUGGACCCAAGACCAAAAUGAUACUAUUCUUUGAUUUACAUAUUUGCUUCCCGUGGCAGCAAGAGGAGCAGAGUGGCUGGGCCACUCCCCUCGGCCCUGGUCCCGGCUUGCCCCGCCCCACCACCAUGGCCCAGGAUGAGGGUAUAUAUUUGGAGGGGACGCAGGACGCCGGCACAGAAGGAGCCGGGUGGAGCUGUGGUCGCGCUGAGGAAGCUUUAUAGAUACAUGCAUUGCAUCCCUAUUUUCACAAAGCUUGACUAUCAGAGCAUUAUGAACACUAAUGAUCUCGAACUCAGGUUGUCCAAAGCUGAGCAAGAACACCCACUACGUUUCUGGAAUGAGCUUGAAGAAGCCUGACAGGUAGAACUUUAUGCAGAGCUCCAGGCCAUCAACUUUCAGGAACUGAACUUCUUUUUCCAAAAGGCCAUUGAAGGAUUUAACCAGUCCUCUCAUCAAGAAAAGGUGGAUGCGUGAAUGGAACCUGUCCCUCAAGAGGUACUGGGCAGUGCUGCAGGGAAGCUAGAUCAGCUCCAGGCCUGGGAAAGCAAAGUUUUCCAGAUUUCUCAGAACAAAGUCACAGUUCUUCUAGCUGGUGGGCAGGGGACUAGACUCGUUGCAUAUCCAAAGGGGAUGUAUGAUGUUGGUUUGCCAUCCCAUAAGACAGUUUUUCAGAUUCAAGCAGAGCAUAUCCUGAAGCUACAACAGUUAGCUGAAAAAUAUUAUGGCAACAAAUGCAUUAUUCCUAUAAGGAUCAGUGGCAGAACAGCAGAAUCUACAAAGGAGUUCUUCACCAAGCACAAGUACUUUGGUUUAAAAAAAAUAGAAAAUAUAAUCUUUUUUCAGCAAGGAAUGCUCCCUGCCAUGAGUUUUGAUGGGCAAAUUAUUUUGGAAGAGAAGAACAAAGUUUCUAUGGCUCCAGAUGAGAAUGGUGGUCUUCAUCGGGCUCUUGCAGCCUGGCAUAUUGUGGAGGAUAUGGAGCAAAGAGGCAUUUGGAGCAUUCAUGUCUAUUGUGUUAACAGCCUAUUAGUAAAAGUGGCAGACCCACGGUUCACUGGAUUUUGCAUUCAGAAAGGAGCAGACUGUGGAGCAAAGGUGGUAGAGAAAACAAACCCUACAGAACCGGUUGGAGUGGUUUGCCAAGUGGAUGGACUUUACCAGGUGGUAGAAUAUAGUGAUAUUUCCCUGGCAACAGCUCAGAAACGAAGCUCAGAUGGAUGACUGCUGUUCAAUGUGGGGAAUAUUGCCAACCAUUUAUUAACUGUACCAUUUCUGAGAGAUGUUGUCAAUGUUUAUGAACCUCAGUUGCAGCACCAUGUGGCUCAAAAGAAGAUUCCUUAUGUGGAUACCCAACAACACUUAAUUAAGCCAGAUAAACCCAGUGGAAUAAGUAUGGAAAAAUUUGUCUUUGACAUCUUCUAGUUCGCAAAGAAGUUUGUGGUUUAUGAAGUAUUAUGGGAAGAUGACUUUUCCACACUAAAGAAUGCUGACAGUCAGAAUGGGAAAGACAACUCUACUACCGCAAGGCAACUUCAUUAUUGCUGGGUUCUCAAUGGGGGUCACUUUAUAGAUGAAAAUGGCUCUCAUCUUCCAGCAAUUUCCCACUUAAAGGAUGCCAAUGAUGUACCAAUCCAGUGUGAAACCUCUCUUCUUAUCUCUAAUGCUGAGGAAGGAAUAGAAAGUUAUGUGGCAGAUAUAGAAUUCCAUGCACCUUUAAUCAUCGAUGAGAAUGGAGUUCAUGAGGUGUUGAAAAUGGUAUAUGAGCCUGAUACCAAGUUCUACCACAAUAGGAAUAGCUUUUGUUUUUGAUAGACCAACUGUGAACCUACAGGACCUCCUGGAUGACUGAAGUUUAAAUAUUCACAGGGUUUUAUUUUGCUUGUUGAACUCUUAGAGCUACUGCAAACUUCCCAAGAUCUAGAUGACUGAACUUCAGAUAGCAUUUUUAUGAUUCCCAACUCAUUGAAGGUCUUAUUUAUAUUUUUCAAUUGUGUAUUUCUUUCCAAGGCAAGGAAACCAUUGGCAAUACAAGAAAUUUCCUACAGCUGAACUAUAGUCAGGAUGUUCAACAUCACUUUACUUGGAGCUGGAGGCAUUUGUUUUUGAAGUUGUGCAUAGUAAUAAUAUGUCAUUGUAGAUGUUGAAAGGUUUCUAUGGUACCAAAAGUUUAUUUUAUCAAACAUUCAACUUUUUAAAUGAAAUAAUUGGACAGUAAAAUAAACGUAUCUUCUUGUUUCUGGAAAACAAUAAAAAUUUGCUUCUUCCUGUCAGAGUUUUCACUUAUGCAUAUUAUUGAACAGUUGAUUUCUUAUGAAUAGACUGAAGAAAAAAACCGUCACUAUUAUAGAUAAGUAAAUUUUCAGUCUUUUUCAUCUUGGAUGGCAAGCAAAGUCAAAUAUUUGGAGGCAAGAACGAUUGGGCAAAGCAUUUUCUAUCUCUGUGCACAAUUGAAAUGACAUUAUUUGAGGUGACUGCAUCUGAACACAUCCUCAGUCAUGCAUUAUCCAAGAAGU